CUGGGACGAGGAAGUAGCCAUUGCACAAGGGUGAACCUCGUUAAAAAGAUCGUGUGUUCCUCUCUGCCCUUUACUCUGUUUUGUUACUCUGCUGCUAUCUUCAUUCUGCAAUUCCUGUUCUUCAUAGAAGAACAAAAGCUGUUAUGGUUCUGAUGAUCAGGGCUUAAUUGAUCUCCAUACCAUUAUUUUUAGUUAUCGGCUUUCUGGCCCAUUUGGUAUUUUUGAGCCCACUCGAGAGUUGAGGUCUUGAGACUAGAAGAUUGACAUUUCAGUCAUCCCUUGUCGAGACAUCUUCCUCAAUUCUCUCCUGCUCAAAUCAAACCCCCAAAUCCUCUUGUUCUUUAACCCUAAUUUGAUUUCAGAUUUAACAUAAGUCCAUUGUUUGUUGAAGGGUGCUAAAUUCAUGGGGUCCACGAAUUUGGUCUUUUUAUUUUAGAACCAAAACCAUGGACCCCACGGACUUGUAAAUCCCACAUAUUGAUUUGAGAUUUGCAAAUCCUUGAUGGUUAGUUAUUUAUUUAACAAAUCCAUCACAAAUCCAUCAUCAAAUCUAUCAUGCAAACAUUAGACUCUUCGAAUCAAUAAUCCAAUAAAUUAAACAUAAAUCCCAAAAUUUUUAUGACCAAAACCCUCAUUUUUCAAAUCCAACAAGCAAACAACCCCUUAGUCCUACAGCGAAACCAGUAGUACAUCAGCAACUCCUCGAAGUAGUAAAGUCUACUGUGGACGAGCUAGGCCCUAAGCCCAAUCAUCGGAUGGAUAAAAGAAAACGCUUUGUAAUUAUUGGAUCUGGAUCAUAUUCACAUCCCUUGUUCGUGAUAUGGGCUUAAAUAAUCCCGGAUUAGCCCAGUCAAAUUAUGGGCCCGUUUUCCUUUAAAAAACAAAAACCGAAAAGCAAAACCAAUAUGAGAGCCCAUUUCCCAAAUGUCCCAAUUUUGCCGCCUUCUUCUCAAACUCUUGGCGUUGCCUGUAAUCGCAGUCACAGCGUCCAGUGGCAACCGUUCUGCUGCGUAAAAAGCUAGGUCGCCGGAGAUCAGCAACCCUUUGCUUUGGCGACGAGCGAAAAUGGACUCUGUGGACACGGACGGUCCGAUAGAUUUUGAAUUCGAAGACCCACUUCUCACUUUCGAUGAUGAUGUUGCCAAGAAAAGGUUUUUCCUCUCCCCCUUUUCCAAUAGCUGUACUUGCUUGUGAGCUUCUUCUUAUAAUUUGGCAGUGGGAUUUCUUCAUUAACCAUAUGAGUAGUUUCGAAAUCCUUUUUUGAGUCGUUUGAAUGAUUUCGUGCUGUGUUGGAUGGCCUUUAAGAUUGCUAGGAUUCUUAUUUGAAGGAAAUAUCUUGUUUAAGAAGAUAUAGUAAGUUUAUGAAGCAAGUGUAGUUCUAAAUUCUAAUCUGAUGUGAUCGAGUUGGUUGCAUAAAAAUUUAUGGUUGUGGUUUUGUACUAUGGGUCUAAUGAUAUGGUUUCCGUAGGACGGUAGGAGGAAAACCAUUGGCCUGGACGAUCUUUUGACUGACUACUUCAAGGAGCGAAGCAAAUUCAUUGAGAGGCAGUCCAAGCGGGCGAAGACAUUGAAAGACCAUGAUCCAAGAACCUGCACCGCCUCUUCUCUUCCCGGACCUUAGGAGCAAUUCCUUCUUGCAGUCUGUCAUGAGCAACCAGAUCAAUUCUUUGGUGAAACUCACUGUAGAUGAAGGAGAGGGUUUUUUUGAAGGACUACUUUUAAAUGGCUGGCUCUUGCAGUUGGUUGGUAGACUUGUUCAUCUAGAGAAAUCGGUAGCUCAAUGGACCUAUCAUAUAAUGUUGUAUUCACAGAAAGAGGAGUUGAGGACAGCUGCUUGUGACUUUUGGUGCACUGCUGUUCAACUUGAUGUGAAGGAUAAAGAGCAGCCCACCGGAGUUCAGUGGUUCCCAAAUGAUUCUGACCUUAGAACAGCUCUUGAAAUAUAUGGGUUUCUUUUAGACGUUCCACCACAGGGAGAGUCAGGAAUCGUUGAGGCAGAAACAUUACUGGAGGUUGUGGUUCUUCUGUCUCUAGAUCGCAAGCUGGAAGGAUUGCUGCUACUUCUGCGUGAAACUGUACAGUCUGUCAUCAAUUACUUCACAGAUGAGGAAUGGCAGGGAGCAUGUCAAAAUGUUGCUAGAUCUCUUGCUUGCAGGGUUCCAAAGGAUUUGAACUGCUUACGAGCAGUGGAAUGCAUACCAAGAAUCAGCCCCCGUGCUAAUAACUUCAGAGCUGCAGUUUCUCAUCAACUUCUGCUUAAUUGUUUAGAUAUGGUGAGCAAUGAGGAGGGGAUUCUCAGUUGCCUUAUCGCCAUUAAUAUGUUGGAGAAAGAAUGUGAUCUGUUCAAAAUGUACAUAUACCUUAUUUUGACAGAAAAUUGGCUGCUCUCCACCUCAGUGCUAGAAGACAAGCCACUUAUCUGUGAGAUGUGGGGUGUUUACUUGCGCCAUUGUACUUGCCAAAUUAGCCACGGGGAUUUGAGGCCCUAUGCAGCAAGAUUCGGGCUAAAGCAACUUAUCUGCUUCACUCGAAAACCAAGAAAUAUUGAUUAUUAGGCCAGGUAUGUCCCUAUAUAGACCCUAGACACCAUGAACAGAACCAAGAGAACUGGCUGCCUGUGGACUGAUUGACUGGAAUUAUAUGUAUGAAAUUCUGUUAGGGCUAGAAGCCUAGAAUCUUUGCUGCACCAUGAAGGGCCGACUGUUUCAACUGUGUGGUCGAAAUUCAGUCAACAUCGACCAAUCUGGUAAAGAUUGGAAAGCCUGGACAGGGUUAUGGUCAGGCCUAGUGACAAACUUUUGGUAUAUUGAUUACCUGUCGAGAUUCUCUUAUGAUAUUUUUACAUAUAUAUAUAUAUGCAAAUCAGGAACAAACCAAUGCUGAGAUUGAAAUGAGCUACCGCUUUGUGCUGCAAUUUAUUAGAGUUUCAACGAAAGCUGCAAUGGCACCAUCCAUAUUUACCACAAUGAUCUGAAUAUCUAGGUUUCUUCGAAUGACAAUAACCAUGGCAAUGUGCAGAAGCGUCAGCAAUGGUGCAUUCUUGCUGGCGCAUCUCCCGACUUCCCCUGAGGCCUGAUCCACAUUCACUGAUGGACUCAUUCUUGACUCGCUCUGUCUUGUCAUGCCUACAACAUUAAGUCAUUAACUCGGGGAUGAACUAGAAGUCUAGAAUAAUUCAGUACUCAGUUAUUAUUCUGGUGGUGCAUGCUAGGGCCUCGUCGUGGGCUAAUGAACCUGUAGCUAUUUU